ACAUUUUCAGCAAAAAUCCCGACGAUUGUCCCCCCUUCCUUCGCCGUUCUUGUACUGCUCCAACAGGAUGACCCCCCGCCUCAGAAGCUCUGCAAAAGGGUCCUUGUCCUCUGCUUUUCUCCCCUGCAGAUAUCAGCUGCUCGAUUUUUGCAGGCAAAAAACAAAUUAGCCCCUUUCGAAUCAACGGUGGAGAGGGAGAGAAGGGGAAAGUCGGAGGGCCUUGGGUAGAUCUAGGGUUUUUCUUUCCUGUGUUUAGGGCUAGAAAACAGAGAGAAGGGGGGUUUCUUUGGAUUUAGGAUUUUGGAGUCUCUUUUUCGGGUUUCGGGAGGAGCAAAGGAGAGCGAGAACAGCGAAUCCCCCGCAAGAUUCCGGCUACGUUUCUUGCUUGCCUAGCUAGGUAACUUCCAGAUCCGAGCACGUAAGGCGCGUCUUCGGGUUUUGUCCCCCGAGACUACUGCAAAACGGUGUACACGGAAGCAUGACGACCUGCAAAGCGCCUUUUACUUGAGGAAAUACAGUGUUAGGUUAGUAUUGUUCGAGGAAAGUCGAGUCUGAAACUCCACUUGCGGACUGAAAUGCUUUCCACCUGCUUCUCACUUUGGAGAAGCGAGGCUGCCAUUGCAGCCACAUGGGGAAUGCGAAUGUACUGUGGGUUUGAAAAUCUCGAUUAUAUAUGAUAAUUAAAUCUCAGGUUAUUUC